AUGGUGGCCCCUCGCAAUGCCGCGUACGCGGAGGAGUCGGCGGAGGUCGAAGUGCUCUUUGCGAGCCUGGACAAGAUGAAGGCCACAUCCAAGAAGAUUCAAAGUUCCUUGACGCGCCUGAACGAGACGGGGAGGACCGUGGAGGAUGCGAUAGGACCGAUGUAUGGGAACACGCAGCGACUGCAGACACAAAAUGAGAACAUUGACAAGAUUCUGGGAGCCAUCGAGAAGGUCAAGCAACCUUUGGACAUGCGGAAUAAAGAGGAGCGCAUUAUCAGGAGUCGUCCAGAGCGAGUGGGUCUCGCAGAGUACAUUGCGAGCAUCGACCGGACAAACCAAGCCUUGAAGGAUCUGAAGAAGACCAACUUGCGCUCCAACCAGGUCGCGAUCUCGGAUCUGAGCAGCUUGCUGGCUGUCGGAACUGGCAAUUUGGAGAAUGUGUUCAGAGAUAUGCUGAGGCAGGAUGCACAGCCAAUUGAACCUCUGAAACAAAUCACUCAGGGUCAGGACUUCCCUCGAAUAUCUUCAUCCAAGUCUGCGCAGUUACGGACUAUCAACACUAACAUCUCAGCUUACACCUCCCAAGUGGCGCCGGCCAGUGACCUCACACCUUCGGCCAAGGUAUACGCUCAUGAACGCGGCCAGUACAUUGCAAUGUCGCUACAGAAUUUGGCCACUGCGUCUAUCUCAACAGCGAGGAAGUCUGUCGCAGACUCGGUCUACAAGCCAGGUAGCUGCGCCAUAACGACCUACGCGACUGCGAUCCAAGGGAUGUACAUCGCGGAAUACGACAACAUCUGUCCCAUCUUCAGCCGGGAGGAAUGGGGCAGCGUGCUCCUCGCUACAUGCCAAGAGUCGCUGCGGGCUUUUGCUUCAACAUUGAGAGACCUCGAUGCUCACGUCCGUAAUCACUUAUUCACAGACUGCUAUCUCGCGUAUGAGAUCAUCGAUGUCGUGUCCAACACCUCAUUCCAGAUCGAGAAUCGCACUGGGGAAUUGAAGCAAGCGAUGGGUGAUGCUUUGAAGCCCGUUCGCGAGACGGCCAAAUUCUCCAUGCCCACGCUUCUCAACGAUAUCCGGACCAAGAUCAACCAAAUGUUGCAACUGCCGGGAGAUGGCGGUGCACUACCAAUAACCUCGGAUGUCAUGACCAGACUACAGCUCAUGACAUCGUACAUGGAACCUCUGGCUAGCAUCCUUCGAAGUCUCGGCGACGGGGGCUGGAACAAGCCCGGCGACAUAACAUCAAGCAACUCCAUCCCGACCCUGAAAUCUUUCGAUGUGGGUGCAGACGGCAAUCAAUUGUUCGCGCAUUACUGUGCGGAUAGCAUUGAAGCGUUGCUCUCAAGUCUGGAAUCGAAGGCGCGGCAACAGCAGAAAGGGAAGAGCUUACAAGGGGUCUUCUUGGCCAACAACAUUGCCAUUUUGGAGCGGAUGAUUCGGUCCUCGGAGCUUCAAGCGUUCCUGGGUGGCGCACAGCCGAAGAUUGAUGCCUGGAAGAAGAAGGCAUCACAGUUGUAUACAGACGCAUGGAAGGAGACGUCAAGUUUCCUGCUGGACGUACAGUACACCAAGAGUCAAGCCCGACCGCCUUCGACUGGACAAGCAAUCGAUAGUGCCGCUGUUUUGAAGGCGCUGGGCAGCAAGGAGAAGGAUUCAAUCAAGGAGAAGUUCAAGAACUUCAACACCUCGUUCGACGAGCUGGUCUCGCGGCAUAAGAGCUUUAAGAUGGAGCCCGAAGUGCGAAGACAGAUGGGGACAGAGGUGCAGAAGGUCAUCGAGCCGCUGUAUGCACGAUUUUGGGAUAGGUACCAUGAGAUCGACAAGGGCAAAGGGAAGUAUGUCAAAUAUGACAAGGGCCAAUUGAGCUCUGUAUUGGCUUCGUUGAGCUGA